AUGGCGUGGCGGGUGGGGUCGUCCGAGCUUCUCUCUCAGCUACUACGAGCCUGGUUUGGAGCCUGGAUGCCACCUGAACUUUGCGGUGGCUUGCCUGGCAGGUCGGCGGACACCAUCCACCAGGACCUCGGCGUCUUCGUGCAGCAACGGGCCACCUCGCGUUCCUUUGUGGGGUGCAAGGCCCACGUCCGCAAGUGCUUUGACAGGGUGUCUCCAACGGUUGCGCUUCGAGUUCUUCAGUGGUGGGGGGCGCCAACGUGGCUUUUGAAGGUGCUUGCGAGCUUCUACGACCAGCAGGAGCGCUGGGUGGCGGCGGCGGGCUGCUUCGCGCCUGCGCCAGUCCAGGCGACGUGCUCCUUGUUGCAGGGCUGCCCAUUUUCGCCAUUACUUGUUAAUGGCAUGAUGGCGGCAUGGGCCCUUCAUGUCAAACGAGCAGUCCCUAGCAUCCGCGUGGGGAUUUUCCUCGACGACCGCACGCUUUACACCAAAGGCCACGGCUCCGUCGAGAAGCUAGUGGAGGCGGCGCAGGCAGGGCAGGUGGCGGACCAGGCCAUGGGCUUUGAGCUCCAUCCCGACAAGCUUUCGGCCUUUGGCAGCAACGUGGUGAAGCGCGAGGCUUUAAUGGAGCACGCGGACCUCCUCGGCGUGCCCCAGACGGACUUUGUGCUUUUGGGCGUCAACUACAGGCUUGAAGGACACCAGGCUUUUGCAGCCAAGGACGUCGCAGCGGCGUUGCGCACAAGGGGCCGGCGCAUCGGCCGCGUUGCGGUCUCUACGACGACAAGGGCGCGGCUGGCCAACCUGCUCAUGGUGUCGAAGUUUCGCUUCAGGGCACCGUGGACUCGGUCCAGCAAGGCAAGCCUCCGCGACUGGUCCUGGCAGGUGGAGGCGGCAGUGUGGGGCGGGCCUCUUGCAACUGGCCGGUCGGCUGGACCUUUGUUGGCGUCGACGUGCACCCGGAGUUUGCAGUCGUGGCGGCGGUGCUCAAGAAGGAGUGGCUGCGGCUGGGCGCUGGCGGCGGCACAGGCGUGGCUGGCCCGCAGGUGGCUGCUGCGCUCGCUCAGGUGCGGUGGCGAGUCCGUGGCACCUUGUUUGUGA